CGUGUCGCCACCUAUGAACGUCUAUUUUAAUGUCAAGGUCACAAACGUCAAACGCGAUAGUUUGGUAAAGAUGAAGAUGGCUGACGGACCCGUUAUUUUAAGAAGAAAUAGACCGGGAACCAAAGCAAAAGACUUCUGUCGAUGGCCUGAUGAAGCUUUCGAGGAGAUGGACAGCACUUUGGCUGUCCAACAAUACAUUCAACAGUUAAUAAGAAGGGAUCCUGCCAAUAUUGAUCUUAUAUUGAAAAUGCCCGAUGCACAGGACGAAGGCGUAUGGAAAUAUGAACACUUAAGGCAGUUCUGCAUGGAGUUGAACGGAUUAGCCGUACGCUUACAGAAUGAGUGCCAUCCGGAGACGUGUAUACAAAUGACCGCCACCGAGCAGUGGAUAUUUCUAUGUGCUGCCCAUAAAACGCCUAAAGAGUGCCCCGCAAUUGACUACACGAGGCACACUCUCGACGGUGCAGCGUGCUUACUUAAUAGUAAUAAAUAUUUCCCUAGCAGAGUCAGUAUUAAAGAAUCUUCGGUCGCGAAAUUGGGUUCAGUGUGUAGGCGUGUUUACCGAAUUUUCUCACACGCCUACUUCCAUCACAGAAGCAUAUUCGACGAAUUCGAAAACGAAACAUAUCUCUGUAGGCGAUUCACUCAAUUUGUAACUAAGUAUAAUCUCAUGUCGAAAGACAAUCUUAUCGUUCCAAUUUGGGAGGAGGAGAACGCCCCCGGCGAAUCGGAGGCAUAAAGUUAUCGUAUAUAUAAUUUAUUUAAAGAGAACUAUGAUAUUUUUCACAUUUUUUUUUAAAGGAAAUUUUUGUGUGUCCUAGAAGUAUCGAUUCAAAUGACAAAUAAGGAUAAUGCAUGUUUAUUUCAGUCCGUUUUUAAUACGUAGGAAAAUGAGACCUGUAUAGUAAUAGUUAGGCGCAGGAUGUCAUUAAUAAGUUGCAAUAAAGUGUCGCAAAUUUUAGGAUUGAUUAAAGUAGAUUGCACGAGUGGAUUAAAAUAACAUUCCUAGGUUCUGUUUCAAUUGUAUUACUUUUAUUCUUAAUUGGUAUUUAUGAUGUACUGGCUGUUGCAGAAUGAAUAUAGGGGUCUUAAAGCGA